AUAUUUGUCACCUAGAAGUUCCACGAAGUCACAAGGUAUCGAUUUUAAGCUAGGAAUUAAGUGAAUUGAAAUGAGAUAAGAUGCUGAAAUGGAGAACCUAUGACCGACCUAUGCCAUUGAACUAAUAAUAUAUAUUCUAUAAUAUAUGUUAUAUAGCUUAGUAGGCUUAGUUAGGGCAUUUGGCAUUGUCACUCCGGUUUUCGUCAGUCAGCAACGGGUCUCAACUCAGUUUGCAGCUCCCUUUAGUUCGGGUUACAAGUUAUACGUUAUAAAUACAUGUCGAUACCAUCCAACACAAUGCUCCAGCUAGGCAAAGGCAAGGGAAAGGCGAGAGCACGCGAUAGCCACACGCCAAAUGUGGCGGUUUACACCAAUGCGCGGACCCUGCGAUCCGUGUACAGCAUGGUCAGCCAGGCGGCAGGCAGGAGAGCUGCUGCUACUGCUGCUGCUGCUGCAAGCUCGAUUCCCACGGCGCAAGUCAACGAUCACGGGAAACCGUCACGCGUUUGGAACAGCAACAAGCCCAAGAAGAUGGCAUGUAAAACCUAUAACGUCUACUCCAAGAAAGCCGACAAGUUAAGCGGCGAAGAUCAAUCCAAGCUGGGCAUUCGACAGUGGCUCCAUCCCCCGUAUCCCGUCCAUCGUGAGCGCAGGAAGCGCGUCGGCUCUCGCAACUACGAAUCCUUCUAUGUGCCCUACGAGCAAGAGGAUGCGAUAGUAGUGAAAGGCAAUCCCUCGACCGAGACAAAGGAGCAGGCAGCGCAGCCACGUAGCCGAUCGUUUCAGCGCUUGCCGACGGCGGGCGAACGUUAUGCGCUAAAUAUCACCAAAAUGGCCAGCCUCAUUGAGAAGGUCAAGUCGCAUCCGGAUGACGACGGUGUGGCGAAGGCCGCGAAGAAGUGGCCAUUGCUGCCGCCGCCGCCGCAGUUUGCCGAGGAUCCGAUCGAUUCCGGGCAGCGUUUCGCCCUGCUUCGCUCCCAAACGGUCUUGUGCUUCUCGACUUUGGGUUGCGAUGAGUUGCUGUACAAGUACGCGUGCCAUCUGCCCUUUGUGCGCAAUCCAUUGCAGCCAGAUGUCGUGCGGCCAAAGAUGAAACGAUUGCCGUGCGAACGCCGUGUGGCGGAAAGGAGCUCAAUUGAGGGGAAUUCGUGCACCAUACCCAACUAGCCAUCAAUGAUCUUAUAUAUUUUAUUACUUGUUCUCGUUGAAUUCCAGUAAAAUGCAUACUCGUAUGGAAAUAAGUAGGGCUUCUUCCCCUUAGACAGAUCCCUAAUGAAACAUACAACCUAUACUGUUCACUUAUACACACUGUACAUUGCCA